AGAAACCCAAGCUGAGGAUGCUCCGGCAGAUGCAUGAUGUGGUGCAUGUGCUGCUGCUCCUCUUGCUAUGGCUGCUGCCCUGUCUCCAUCUCUUCCUGACCCUUCUCCGCCCGUCCCACGGUUCGUACCUCUCUACCCGUGGGUUUCUGUCACCACCAAUCUACUUGUCUAACCCAACAUUCUUUCUUUAAGCUUAAUUCAUCUGUGCACAUUCCUUUCCCCCGCUCAUCGCGUGGGUCAAGCCUUCGAGAUUAGAUUGAGGCUUCUACCAUAGCGAUCAUGGGCAACAAUAACACCCCUCCAUUCCUUUAUGACUCCCCUCCUUCCAAUCGGUUUUAUGGUCAGUUCGACCCUUCUUUCAACCCGAAGGCUGUGACCCAGGCGAGCUGGGCUCGACCGGCGCCAAAGCCAGAGGUGAAAGGACCGUUGGUUGAUCUGAAUAGUCACGAUUUGGGGAAUACCUCGGAUAGCAAGCCGAAAUGGACCCCAAUGAGUCCAAAAACAAAGGGUCGAGUGGUUUAUGGACGGAAGGUUCAGCUCGGGCUGCGCGUAUUCGCUCUUGUCGGUGCCCUCGGUUCAUUGUUCUGCUCUAUCGUGAUCAAGAACGCUGCAGCAACUGCGAUUUGGAUUGUUAGAGUCGGUCCAGCUGUCGCAAUUCUGCACACUCUCUAUGGCAUAUACCAUCUGAGCCGUUCUUCUAUCACUAGGCCUCCUGGCUCACAGGCCAGUUAUAUGCUGUUUGCAGUAACCUUCGAUCUAGGCUUGGUCCCUUUUUACGUCUUUGCAGCCUAUUUGGGUUAUAGGCAAUACUCCGACAAUGCAUACGACUGGACUACAAUGCUCGGCUCUGACAUUGACGUGACAACUAAAAUUGCAGAGGCUACGUUUCUUCUGGGUAUAAUCAAUGGAGCACUUCAUGCGAUUUCCCUAGGAAUCUCCCUCUUUCUGGGUAAUAUUCUCCGCAAGAUCACGAAAUUGCCCCCCGACAUGAACCCGCUAGAAGACAACUUGACUGCCCGCCCUCUCAAACGAACCAAGUCUGAGAUUCUUGAGAAGCACGCCAGCAAGUCCACUUUGGGCUCAGACAAUAUAUCCAGCGAAGACCCACUGAUCGGCGUUCCUCGCAAUGUGCCUUUCAUCGAUACCCGUAGCAAUUCGUCCUUUAACAACGACUACAGCCGAUUCCCCUCUGGUUUCACAGACAGAACGCACCCGCAACAUGCGCCUUCCUUCCAUCGCCCGCCUCGCGUCGAGACCAUUCCACAUCUCCCCUUUCAUCAGCCAAAUGAUAUUGCGGAUGAUAUCACAAUCUCGUCGCCAAUAGAGAACCCAGAUAUUUUCACCAGACCCACAACAACUAUUCCCUAUGGAUCGCCAGUUCGCGAACCAUCCCCUGACCUUCCUAACCGAUCACAAUGCGUGAGCCCAGCUUCAGACAAUUGGAUUGUGUAUCCUUCACGGUCUGCUACACCUGUAGAUGAGGUCCAGGACGAGCACCCGGCUCCUCGUGACCCGUCCUCUGUGUACAGUCGGGCGGAAACCGCAGGUUCUUCGAAGGGGGGUGUUAUGGAUUGGCUUAGUCCGCAGCGAUAUGGCCUGAAUAUGAGAGGAGCAAUUACCGAAAAUGCGCACGGAGAAUACGAGUCUGUCGCGGCGAACGAAUACUAUGGAAACGAUGAUGAAGCUCAUGACAUUUUAUACCGAGGAUUCUACGCUAACGCCGAACAAGACCUCGGCGAUCACCCAAUUGAUAUCUUCCAGGACCACGAGGACCUUGAUGAGGACACACUAAACUCGCUCCGGGUUAACCCGUUGGCGCUGAACCCACCUUCUCCUCAGCCAAAGCCGGACCAAAUAAGAAACCGCACGCCGAGCAACGGUCGCAUGGCGCUUACCGACAUUCCUAACCUUUCGCCCAAGCCCCCUGCCGAAGAGCCACUCCUUGAUAGCAUACGGAAGAAGGCAAGUUUCUAUGGAGUCUUGAACACAUCUGGCCUGGAUACGCCCCGGAAGGCUAGCCGCGACGAGCCAAAGCCCUCUUCAAAGAAGAGCAAGAUGACAAUCAGGAAGGGCCAGAAGUUCAAUGCCUACGGUGCACUCAAGCAGCACGAUGAUGGCGAUCUGAACGGCCUGGACGUCCCAUAUGCAGACCCCGUCGGCGAUCGGAAGGGUCGCGUGGUUAGUAACUCAGGAGCCGAUGCUAGCCAUGCCAACUCGUCAUUAUCGUACGGAAACUACAUCUCCGGACUAGGAGCUGGAAGGAGACGUGACGUUAGUGGCAAAAUGGCUGAGGAAGGCCGAGUCGAGGUCAGCAAGCCGCAAAACGAGAAUACCACACCUAUCCGCGCGGCUGGAUGGGCACGCUUUGCAGGUCUAUAGCACCAACGUGCAAAAAACAACAAUACGUGCAAAAGGCGAAUGUAAGCUUCUUCGAUUGGCUUUAUGAAUUUCAUGGAUAUGGUUUGGACAUGAGGAUUUCUGACAAUGAUUGAUGUGAUUUAUGUGUUUUUUAUUGAUACUCCCCUUUGUUUCCCCCUGUAGACAGUACAGAUAUUUUGUCUAACAUAGCUCAUGACGGAGAUUUGCAUUGCUCCUUUU